AUGUCUGACGCUCUUCCUGAAAUGCAAUACCGCAACCUUGGCCGAACAGGUCUUAAGGUUUCGGUCAUCUCCCUUGGCAGCUGGCUCACUUAUGGUGGCCACGUCGGAAAUGAGACUGCAUUUGAUUGCGUGAAGGUCGCCUACGAUGCCGGUGUCAACUUCUUUGAUACCGCCGAGACCUACUCCGCCGGCCAGUCCGAGAUUGUGCUCGGAGAAGCAAUUAAGAAAUUCGGCUGGAAGCAAAAUGAUCUGGUUAUCUCCACAAAGAUCUACUGGGGCGCCAAGGCCAACAGCGCCAACCCCAACAAGCCAUUGAACAACAAUGGUCUCUCCCGCAAGCACAUUAUCGAGGGCAUGAACUUGUCCCUCCAGCGCCUGGAUCUGCCAUACGUGGACAUUGUCUACGCGCACCGCCCCGACCGUGACACCCCGAUGGAGGAGAUCGUUCGCGCCUUCAACUACCUUCUCGAUACCGGCAAGGCCUUCUACUGGGGAACAUCAGAGUGGUCCGCCAGCGAGAUUUCCGAUGCCUGGCGCGUCGCCGAUAAGCUGCGUCUGGUCGGUCCUGUCGUGGAGCAGCCCCAGUACAACCUUCUUGCGCGCGAGCGUGUGGAGAAGGAGUACCGCUGGCUGUACGAGGCACACGGACUGGGUCUGACGACCUUCUCGCCUCUGAAGGGUGGUGUCUUAACUGGCAAGUACAAUGGACUUUCUGAGCCGCCAGCUGGCUCUCGUAUUGCGGAGUCUGAGGACGGAUAUAUCCAGGGUCUGCGCAAGACUGUUGGAAAUGAUGCAUGGACUAGACAGCUGGAGCAAACGGCUGCUCUCAAGCCCAUUGCCGAUGACCUUGGUAUUACCACCGCUCAGCUGUCCUUGGCUUGGAUUCUGAAGAACCCGAAUAUCUCUUCCAUGAUUACUGGUGCUUCGCGGCCUGAGCAGGUGCGCGAGAACAUUCGUGCCUUGGCUUUUGUCGACAAGCUCACUGAUGAGGUGCUGGAGAAGAUUGAGAAGGCGGUUGAUAACCAGCCUGCCGUGGAGGUGCGCCGGUACUAG